AUGGCAGGAACCAAUGUCAAUCUGGCUGAGAUGUUUAAAACAAGCAAGUUCCCAGUCUCAUAUGCAUGUGUCAUUACUCAAACCCAAGCAUUGAGCCGGGGAGACGAGACCUGUGAGAUCUGUGGAUCAACUGCACGUAAUGUAGCGGGUGUGACUGAAGCUGAGUUGGUGGAGCAGUGGAGUGAAACAAAUGAUACUGCAAUGGCCACAUCAGCAGCUGCCCCUGUGCAGACAGCAGAGAGCCGGAACUUCUGGCAGGGUCACCGGUUCCUGAAUUUCUUGCUAGCUUGUAUGGUCUUUGCUUUUGUCAUCUCUUGGCUCUUUCACUUCAAUGUACCCUCGUGA